GGCAGCUAAACAACGCGAUGCAGACAUUAGAAAGGUAGAUCCGCGUCUAUUUGUCUGAGACCUUAACUCCUUCCAAGAUUUUACCCAAAUUCUGCAAUUAUAAGUACCGUUUAAUUUGAUUAUAAGCUGCGGAAGGACUGAAGCCAAGAUGAUGUCCGGAAAUUAUACAUCGAUUGACAAUCAAAAUGUCACCGGAUCUGUUCCUGCAGUCGCAGAUACACCUGGCCAUGUUUCUGUUAAAUUUGCGGAGUCGAAUCUGCAGACAUUUCCUCCUUCAGGUCCUCAGGGAAAGAUCUCCGGUGCCGCUGGACCCCCUCGCGAUACAGAUGAUACAUUCUCCAAAACUUCAUCUGGUUCUGAUGCCCCCGAGCAAGGUGGUUGGUUUCGAACCUUUACCAUUGCUGCAUACAGGCCAUAUUUUGAUGUUGACACAUCUGAUGUUUUGGAAAGGAUAAAAGAUUCACUCUUUCCUUUCCGAGGAAGCUUCACUGAGAAGACCGCUAACAACCCAGAUUUGUAUGGCCCAUUCUGGAUAUGCACCACCUUAAUAUUUGUGGCAGCUUCUAUUGGUACAUUUGUUACAUACUUAGCACACAAAUGGCAGAAGAAGGAAUGGAAUUAUGAUAUCAAUCUGGUUACUUGGUCUGCUGGUUUGUUCUAUGGCUAUGUCACUAUUGUGCCGGUUGUCUUGUAUUUAAUUCUCAAAUACUUCUCUGCUCCAUCCGGACUUGCUCAGUUGUUUUGUCUGUAUGGCUACUCCCUCUUCGUCUAUAUUCCCACUUUGGGUCUCUCCAUUGUUCCUUACGAAAUCUUCAGAUGGGUUGUCGCUGGCGUGGCAGGGUUCAUGUCUGCUACUUUUGUUGCCCUCAACCUCAGAAACCACAUUAGAUCUGCUGGUGAAAGUUGGUUCUUGAUUGUGGCUGGCAUCUUCCUGUUGCAGCUGGCUCUCGCUUUGGUACUUAGGCUCUACCUGUUCACUGUAAACGUGUAAGCACAACUGCAUUUUUAAACUUCACAAACCCAUUGUUAUAGAUCAUAGAUAAGGGACAUUUCUCAUCGACUGUCUCUCCUCCCUUGAAUUGGUAUUCAAGGCCUACUCUAUUCAUUCAUUUUUGACAAUUUAGAAUCCUAUACUGUUGAGAAUAUUGAAUUGCUCCACUUUUGGAUUGAUCAAAAUGUGAAUAUAAAGGCAAUAAUACUACCUUACUCAAAAGAAUGUAAUCAUACUUGCUUUGAAUUUUGUUAA